AUGGGGGCAGGCAUGCUGGACGUGCUACAGCCGUUCCUGUGGGUGGCGGUGUCACCGGCUGUAGCAGAGGAGUUACUGUUCAGAGGGCUGCUGCUCACGACCCUACAAGAGAGGCUCGGCAGGAUCGACGCUGCCAUGCUGUCUGCAGCCCUCUUCGCCCUCUUCCACCUCUCCCUCGCCCGCCUCUUCCCCAACAUGGCCCUUGGGAUUGCCGCCGGUCUGCUCGCUGUCUACUCCAAUAGCGUCUUGCCAGCUGUCGCUCUGCAUACCACUUACAAUGCUUCUGCUCUAAUCUACGCACUCAUGGCUGCGACGAUUGCUUCUGUCUAG